AUGGCCCCCUCUCCUCAGUGUGCCGCUCUCAACGCUGCAUUCCAGCGCAAGGGCAUGUCCUACGGCCAGAUCGCGUCCCGCCUCGGCACGUCCGAGCAGCACGUUAUCGAUGUCUGCACUGGCGCAAAGCAGCCGACCCAGGCGGAGUUCGAGGGUCUCGCGCGUGUUCUCGACAUCACCGGCCCAGUGCCUCAGAGCCCCGCGCACCAGACCAGGUUCUAA